AGCUCACACAUAACCAUCAUAAGAAAAAUCUAGAUAUGGGAAGUUUUUAGGUGACGCCAUUUACAAGGAAAAGUAACAUCGAAAACAUUAUUCAGACAACUUUACGCGCAUGUAUAUAGGAUGUACCUCGAAAUACACCAGCUAUUCAACAUCUGUCUGUCUUUUGUUUUUUCUAUUUAUGUUUUAUUUAUUAGUUUUAUUUUUGGCCUUUUCCCCCUUCCAUACCACGCCAGACUUUGACAAUACCCAUUGGCCUAUAUAAAGUGUAUAGAUUAUGGUAUCCAAAGACUCACUUCCAAGUCAAGCUUGUUUGGUACCGUAAGAGAUUCCAUCCAAUUCGAAAAGAGAGGAAAGCUGUUUCCCCUCUGGCCUAAAUAACCUGUCAAUUUGUUAACCAAAAUCAGUGCAUCUUGCUCCUUAAAAGGCAUUGUUUUUUACUCCAAAUAGAGAAGACACCACAGGAAAAAGAAAAGAAAAAACCCACAUUUAUUUGCCCACGGAAAAGAUAAAGGAAAACCAACAGUCCGACACAACUACCACCUAUGGCUUUCUCCUGUCUUUCCCCUCUUCCUCCCUCCCUCUUUCUUCUCCUCCUUCUCUACCAACCUUUCUUCUCCACAGCCAAUCUCCACAAAACCAGUCUCCUCAGAGCAGAGUUUCUCUCCCACAGCACACCCAUCAAGGAUACCCCUCCGACUCGCUUCUUUGAAGUAACCAAGCCCAUCGAACUCCCCAAAUCCAAGCCUUGCUCUUACCUCGUCCUCCAACAUGAUUUUGGCUACACUUACGGCAAACCCCCGGUUCUUGCAAACUAUACCCCUCCCUCACACUGCCCAUCUGAAAAAUUCUCCAAGAUUGUCUUUGAAUGGAAUGCAACCUGUAAAGGCCGGCAAUUCGACCGCAUCUUCGGCGUUUGGCUCGGUGGGGUCGAGCUUCUUCGUAGCUGCACGGCAGAGCCGAGGGCUACUGGGAUUGUUUGGAGUGUUGAGAAGGACAUUACCAGGUAUUAUUCGCUGCUUAUGAAGAAUCAAACACUUGCUGUUUAUCUUGGUAAUCUGGUUGAUAAUACUUAUACUGGGGUGUACCAUGUGAAUAUAACCAUUCGUUUUUAUCCUGCUGAAAAGAAGUUCAAUAGUUACGGGUCGAACUCCGAUAGCUCUGUGUCCAAGUAUCAUUCCCCGGCCGAUUUGAUCUUGCCCUUUUCGCGAGACCUGCCGUUGAAUGAUGGGCUGUGGUUUGAGGUUGAGAAUUCCACGGAUAUUGCGUUGAAGAAAUUCAACAUUCCUCGAAAUGCUUAUAGGGCUGUGUUGGAGGUCUAUGUUUCAUUUCAUGAAAAUGAUGAAUUUUGGUAUUCGAAUCCUCCGAACGAGUACAUUGAGGCCAAUAAUCUUACUGGUACGCCUGGAAAUGGACCUUUUAGGGAGGUUGUGGUUAGUCUUGAUGGUGAUGUUGUUGGUGCAAUUUGGCCUUUUACUGUGAUUUAUACCGGAGGGAUCAAUCCUCUCUUGUGGAGACCCAUUACUGGCAUUGGAUCGUUCAAUCUCCCAUCUUAUAAUAUUGAAAUCACGCCAUUUUUAGGGAAGAUAUUGGAUGGAGAGGUCCAUGAGUUCGGAUUUAGUGUAUCAAAUGCCUUGAAUGUUUGGUACAUAGAUGCAAAUUUGCAUCUUUGGUUGGACAGCAAGAGCACAAAAGUAACAGGGGAGCUUUUAAAGCACAAUAGCUUGCCUCUUGCUUUUUCCGUGGAAUCUGAUUUUAAGGGUUUAAAUGGAACGUUUUUUACUAGUGUAAGCAGGUCCAUAUCAUCAAGUGGAUGGGUCAAGUCUUCCCAUGGGACUUUCACAACCAACUGGAUUCAAAACCUACGUUACAGUAAUUCAAUGGUGAUGGGGAAUAAUGGGAAUUUGCAGCUUGUGAAUCAAACCACCCAUUUCAAUGACAGUGUCCAUGCAAAGAUGCCAUCCUCUUCUGUUUACUCAUCGGAAUCGCACAAAAAAUUUACCCUUUAUUUAUACUCCAACUACUUGGAUCAAGGAAAUGGAACUUCUUUUUCUCUUGCAAAUAUCACAUUGGGAUUUAAUGAGAAGAAGUCUGAGGCUGUUGGCUCUGAUUUAUCAAAGAGCUCUCUCGAAAAUGUGCAGAAUGGGCAGGGCUAUAUUGCUGUAAAGAACAACUUGGUUGUCAGAGGAUUGGGCAGUACACAACAAGUGUACAAAUAUGAUGGCAGCAAUUUCUGUUACUUCAGAAAUGUGAGCAGCUCGAACUAUACCAUUCUGUACGAUAAAGUGGGAAACAUAUGCAAAGGAAGAACAAAGUCUCAUUUAAAUUUUGGUUUAAGCAGCCGGCAGCCUUUCCACACACGAAGGCCUUUUCUAGCACCCAGUUUUCUUGAUAACAGUAAAGGAGCUUAGAUUGUUCAUCUUGGUUGAUUCUGCAAUUUGCUCCAUAAAAUAACUCCUUUUAUAUGAUAUUCCUGGGAAUUCCUGCUACCGGUACCACAAAUGAAAUGUAAGUGUAUUGUAGUUUGUAAUCAUUAAGAAGACCGACUUGUGGAUAUUCUUGUGAUUGGGUAUUAAGUUAUCUGCAUUAAAUCCCGGUUUUGUUUUCCAAUAGAUGGUGAACACCUUCUUUACUAAUCUGACUUCAAAUAUUCUGGCAAAUUUCCAUCUGUGUAUGAUGAGGGUGCUCAAGGGGAUACGCACGUAUACUUGUUUCAUAUGAGAUUUACCAUAUAUAGCCAGUAUGCUUUCAGAACUUCUAUGUUCUUGUAAUAGGCGAGUUGUUCAGGUAACAAAACCUUCUUAUUCUGUUGAUUUGUGCUUUGUGUUCAUCAAAUCUUAAACUCUCGCAGAUGGAUGCUCACUUUUAUUGCACCACUUUUUAAGAGAAAUACUCUAACCACAAAUGGAUUAAUAAUCCCACAAAUUGAUGUGACAUGAUGUGAUUCGUUAGAUUGUAAAGUUACUUUUAUUAUAAAGUAGAUCUAAUGGACUACAUGAAGUCACGUCAGUUUGUGGGAUUAUUUUUGUGUAAUCUCUUUGUAGUUGUAGCAGUACUCUUUUAUUAAAAGGUGCAAAGAUUACUUAAUUUCUAUUUACUAAUUACGGUGAAACUAAGUAAAUCUUGUUAGAAGUGUAUAAUUGUGCUAUGCAAAUUAGUCAAAUGACUAAUUUAGAAAAUAGAAAGAAUGUUUUCUGAAUGCUUAGUUUACUCCUAGUGUCCGAAUGGCUUAUAUUCCUACUGUUGUUAGAGUACAACCAGCGAGAAGUUUGCUUUACAUGCUCAUACGUCAGCUUGAAGCACCUACCUUGAGGAAACUAGAGUGACAAGAAUAGUCAUACGUGACUUGAAGAAUGUGGUUCAUUUUCAUCCUUUAACUGAUUCCUGGUCUCGUUUAGAUCCUUUGAUUCUGUGUUGAAAGAGUCUAGAGACUAGAUUGUUGUCAACCUCACUCCAUGAUGGUUAUAUCUUACUAUGCCAAUACACCCUGCAGUCACAAAAUAUGGAGCUAAUUCUGAAAGGCCAACUGAAGGAGCUACAUCCUCUUGUGGGUACUUGGCAGUUGAAGAUUAUUGUUCUGAUCUGAAACAAACUGUACUGUCAUUUGAUGGGAGAAAACUGGUAAUUGAGUUUGUAAGCAGUUUCCAGACAACAUCUUACCUUUAGUACAGCUAUUAAUGCUAACCAAGUGACACACUGGAGCCAUGGGUCAUCAAAGAGGUAGAAUCCCCCCUCCUCCCCUCCCCUUCACUAUGCAAGGCCAAUGAACUCCUUGCUUCAAUCCAUUCUUUCACUUUUAGGCAAGGGCUGAUAGUAGCUGUGGUAGUAAUGUCACGGAGCCCCGCGACCAACCCGAGGAAUCGUUCUGGAAAGUCAUCUAGGGACAUUAAACGUAAUUCUAGAAAAGCGUUGCCAAAAAAAAAAAAGAGAAAAUCCCGAGUCUUGGCAGUUCGAGUGAGAGUUUAUUAGCCUAGUUGUUUAUUUUUAUGAAUGGGAUCAAGUAAUUCCCCAUUUCUUUCAAUAUAUUCUUGAGCCAUAUUUACCUUUCUUCCUGUAGAAUUCGCAUCUCAAUCCUAUGCAGGUUUGGAUGAGAAUGUGAGUGCAUGAUGCUCAAUAUCUGAAAACUGAUACCGAUGCAGUCUGGUAUAUAAAAUUUUGGUUCUGGACUCAGUUUCAUUUGCACUACACAACUGAUAAUGAGGAUGGCAAUGCAGAGAAAUUAGAGAAUGGACUUUAUUAACAGUACAAGAAUAUGUAUCGUAUUCUCUACUAUAUUAUGGAGUGCAAGUUUGCAUUAUUAUUUUCUGGGAAUUGUUCGAAGUUU